AUGUUCCCACGCAACUACGAGCGAUUGCCCAAGACGGAUGCCGAUGGUGACAGCGAUGUCACUAUCACGAGCCGACAAUCCCGUCAGGGGCUUUCAGGAUUCUUGAAAAGAAACCUUGCUGCAAUAACAAUCACCGGCCUUCUCCUCGUUCUGAUGCUCCUGGUUGUCGCUGUCAUCACAGCGAUCACUGUGGAGCCCUUUCGCCAAAUACUUGUGAUGAAGAGCCCGAUGCCCACUCCUACGGGACAUACUGGAAAAGCCGUCUAUCCCAUCGAACUGCAAGGCCAAAGGCAAUGUCUCCCGACAAAAACACGAACAACCUACUCGUGUGGCAAUUCCACCACCGAGGCCGAAGAGCUUGGCUGCGCCUAUGACCCUCUAGCCGGCUGCUGGCUUCACAAGGAGUGUCCACGAGACUUCACCCAUGAAUUUUCCACUUUCAAUAAUGGAAAGCCGUUUGUCUACUACUAUGAUGAAGCCAUGACACAGCAGAUGAUAGAUUACGAGGAGGUCGGUCGCAACCCUGCCCGUUAUUGGACCUCCAUUCGCGAACAUCUGGUUCAUUGUCUGUAUCUUCUUCGAAGGGGCCACGAAGUUCAUAUGAGAGGCGAUCGCCUUGACACUAUGCUUGGUGACCUUGAACAUGUUGAUCAUUGUACCAACAUGCUGGCAGACUGGCUGCGGAGAGACGACCUUGUCUUGGACCAUGUUGGCACUUCAGGGUUUACUCAUUGCUUCAUGUCUUUAUUUGACGAUCUACGGGGCACCACCUCCACCAUUUUGACUUCUUCUUCAGUUCAACCUCAAGUUAUAACACAGAGCAAAAUAUCACCUGAAUUUGCCGCCAUAGUCACCUGCAGAACCCGUCGUCCACGACUCAACCCGGCCAUCACGCAGUACGUCUGUGCCAUUCUAUCCACCGAACCUACAAUAGAGGGAUGUUGCUGA